AUGGAGCCGCAGACUGAAGUGGCUCAGAGGACAGUCAGCUCACACAGGAGAUAAGUGGACCACUGUUUUUAUCUCGGACCUGCAGGAGGAUUUUCCAUCAUCCUCGAUGUGGUGGGAAAAAGUGAAGCUUCGACCUUGGGCAUGUUGUAAACCAGCCAAAACUCAGACGUGAGAAGUGUUCACUUAAUAAUGAAUGCUUGGAUUGGAGGUGGCGGCUCCUGCGUGCGCACUCCCAGACAAGGAAGUGAAGAAGAGUGAGGACAGGGAGGGCAGCAGAGUAUCGUUCUGUAACAGACACAAACAUGCAAAGCAGACAAUAAUUCAUCCCUGCAGUUGAUAAACUGCACCCUCCUCUUCCUCUGCACUGUACGGACCACUCAGGGAUGACCAGCGCCCAGCUGCUGGAAACUUCCCCCAAAGAGUCAGCAUUCUCCCACAGGAUGGCUUCUCCUGUCGUCCCCCGCAGUGCUUUGGGGCCCCCUCCUGCCGUCUGGCCCCCUCUGGACUUUGCGCUGGGUGCUCUGGCCUGCUGCGCGGCCUGCGUGUUCACCAAUCCGCUGGAGGUCGUGAAGACGCGUCUGCAGCUUCAGGGGGAGCUCCGCGCUCGGGGGUCCUACCAGAUCCACUACAGGGGGGUCCUGCAGGCCCUCUGGGUGGUGGGCCGCACAGAUGGGCUCCGGGGCCUCCAGAAAGGGCUCUCGGCCGGGCUCCUCUACCAGGCCGUGAUGAACGGAGUGAGGCUGGGUUCUUACUCCUGCUGUGACUCUCAGGGCAUCACCGCGUUUCAUGGAGGCAGCCUGCUGUCAGGGGCCGGGGCCGGGGCCCUGGGGGCCCUCAUCGCCUCUCCUGCCUAUCUGGUAAAGACUCACCUGCAAGCUCAGACUAUGGAUGCAAUCGCUGUUGGUCACCAACAUAACCAUCUGGGUGUGUCUGAUGCCUUUGUUACCAUCUAUAGAAGAGACGGUCUGACUGGGCUGUGGAGGGGGGUGAAUGGGGCAGUCCCUCGGGUCAUGGUGGGGUCAGCAGCUCAGCUGGCGACCUUCACCUCCGCCAAGGACUGGGUGUCACAUUCUCAGUGGUCUCGUGCCGACGCUUGGCUAACGGCGCUGAUCGCUGCCUCCAUCAGUGGCGUUGCCGUGGCGAUCACCAUGACUCCGUUCGACGUGAUCAGCACGCGCCUCUACAACCAGCCGGUUGACGAGCUUCGCAAGGGCCGCCUGUACCACGGGUUCACCGACUGUUUGCUCAAAGUGUGCCAAGCCGAGGGCCUCCUUGGGCUGUAUAAAGGCAUGGGCCCCGUGUUCCUGCGGCUGACCCCGCACACGGUGCUCAGCAUGCUGUUCUGGGAUCUGAUGAGGCAACAGGCUGUCAAGGACAAAUAGAGAAACACUCUGAGCUGAAGCACAGGAGCCUCUGGGACGAGAGAGGGACUGUGUCGCCAAGCGACUCUGAAUUUCAUCCGAAACUUGACAUUUCUGCUGCUUUCUGAUUGUUUUCAACCAACGAAAGAUGAAUUCAUUCAUGAAGUGGAUGAUUGCUCAUCGGCUGGAAGGAGAGAAGUUCAGGAUAUUUGCACAAAUACUGAUGAUGAAACAUUCUGGUAGCAGAACGCCCAUUAUUAUUUGCUCCUCUAUGUUCUCAGACUAGCACCUUUUAGCAUUAGCUGCACAUCUGAUGUGGAAGACGAUCAAACUCUAUAAAACACUUAAUGAAGAGUUGAAUGAUGAAUAUAAACCCAUUGAUCAGGUUUUACAAACAAUGGCUUCUUGCUCACAGAGAAGGUUGAGUGGAAGAAAAAAAUCUCGCUAAAACACAAACUGCUUUUCAUCACAAGCACUCCUGUGUCGUAUUUUAUGUGUUUUCCUCUUGCCUUAUUGUUUAUUGUUUGUUUAUUCCUGCAAGAAGAAAGAUCCUGCAAAGCAGUGAAUCUAAUUUCCUUCAAGGUUUUUUUUUUUAUUCAAGCUUUUCAACACUGGGAACUCCAGGCCCUUUAAUUGUUGUAAGUAAUCAUAAUAAACAUUUUGUUUUGUAAAUAUUACCAAAAAUGAUUUAGAGUUUUGUCUUUUGAAUACAUCUGGGAACAAAAACCGUUUUAUUAUUGUUCCUUUCAGAUGUAAUUUCCCAGAACCUUCAGCCUCUUCCUGGCUCUUUACUGUUUAUAUUUGGUCGUUAAUCUUGAUUAUUACAUAAAGUCUGUUAACACUGACUGCGCUGUCCAACCUGAGCCAAAAGGAGGCAAAAAUAAAAAACCUAGAACAGAAAAGAAAUAGCCUUUAAUAUUCAGGUGCACCAACAGUGACAGGCAAUAAAAACAUGUUGAUUCACAAAAAGAUAAAAAAAAAUUACCAAGGACAAAAUUAUAAAAAUACUGUGCAGUUAAUCGCCUUCUGAUAAGGAUAGAUAGGAUAAUUAAAAAAUAUAUAAAGUAUGCAUGUUUGUUUGUGUAUAAAAGCAAAAAUCAAUUUACAAGACGUGAAAAUAACUGUCCAAACAUCAAAUUUGUGCUUACAGCUGAAUAAACUGAUUGAUCAGAGAUUAAAUAUAUUUUUGGUUUAGAAACAGAAACAGUAUUUUUAAAUCGUGUGCCUUUCCUCCUGCUUUCAGUUUUAUAAUUUACCUCUAAGAAUUAAACUAUAGUUAUUGUGGUUGUGACGAGAUGCUUUGUAUGAAAUGUGUAUUAAUACUUUAGUUCAAACUGGGUUGAAAAAUAAUGAGGAAGCUCUGAAAGUUCAUAAAGUUCAGGGUAAUAUCAACAAUGCAUCUGAUGGGAGGAUUUCUGGGAUAAAUUUUGAAUUAUGAAAUUAGUUUUCACCUUAUAGAUGUAAUAAAACAACAGAAAUUAAUAAUUAUUGUUAAAAAUUGUUCCUUAAGUGGAAAUAAAUGUACAAUUGCUGCUAAAAAUAAAUCAGGACACUGAUUGAAGGAAAACUUAAGAUUUUUAUUAGACACAUGACAAUAAUUAAACAUUUUAAUGAUAGGCAUCUUAUAAUGUGAAAGACAUUGUACAAAUACACAAAAUCGGUUAAAAGAUACUGUAAUAAAAUAUCAGAUAUAAAACUCA